AUGACCCUCACCCCAAUUCCCCAACCCCUCACCUUCCCCGCCCUCACCUUCGCCAAACUCGCCCCCCCCUCCUUCCUCGCCGCCCACCUCACCAACCCAAAGGGCUCGACUCGACCCUCCGGCCGCACCCCAACGCAGACGCGCGCCCCGACGUGCAACACCGGCAGUCUGACCCACGCGAACGGCAGCGCGGUGGUGAGAUGCGGGGAUACGGCCGUGGUGUGCGGGGUGCGGGGGGAGAUUUUGAAGACGGGGGAUGUUGCGGAGUAUGAGGCGAGAGAGGUGAAGGGUGGGGAUGAGGAGGAGGAUGAUGAUGAGGGGGAUGAGGAUGACGAGGAGGGGAAAGAACGUAGGAGGAAGAGCAGACGAGAAGAGACGGCCGAGAUGGCGCGAUUGAACCUCCUAGUUCCAAACAUCGAACUCGCAACCGGCUGCUCGCCCGCCCAUCUACCCGGCGGUCCGCCCUCGGUCCUUGCGCAGACGCUGACGCAGCGCGUCUUGACUCUCUUACAUACGAGCGAUAUGGUCGGCAUGGCGCCUUUGAGGAUCUGGUUUCAGCCGCCAAGGGAAACUACGGGCGCUACGUCUGGAGUUAUGAGGAUGGGCGGGGACAUGCAAGAGACGGACGCGAGAGAAGAGGAAGAAGAGGAGAUGGCAAGAGCGGAGGUUAAAGCGUUUUGGGUCCUCUACGUUGACCUGCUGUUCAUAUCGCUAGAUGGCAACGCCUUUGACGCGGCAUGGUUGGCUAUAUUGGCUGCGUUGAGAGAUACGAUUCUGCCGCGGGCGUGGUGGGAUGCGGAUCGGGAGAUGGUGCUUUGCUCCGACGAUCCGGUGGAGGCGAGGAGACUGGAGAUACGAGAUUUGCCCGUCCCACUUAGUUUUGGGGUGUUUGAGGGCGAUGGGCUAGGCAAGGGGUCGAAAGAGAAAGAGAAAGAGAAGGGGAAAGAGAAAGAGAAAUGGGUACUGGUUGAUAUGGAUGGGUUUGAGGAGGCGUUGUGUAGGGAGGAGGGGACGGUUGUUGUUGGGGGAGGGAGGAGGGUGGUUCGGAUUGAGAAGAGUGGGGGAGCGGGUGCUGGCAUGGCAGAGAUGAGGGGGUUGGUUGACUUGGCGGCGAAGAGGAGAAAGGAGUGGAUGGGUGUGUUGGGGAUCCAUUGA